UUUGUGGACAGAGAUAAGAGAGAGAAGUCCAAAAUUAAACAGAGAGUUAUAGAGAGAGAGAGAGAGCUGAAGAACAGAGUCGACGGUUAAGUAUGUCGGAAGAACUUAAAGAACCGGGAAUAAAACUCUUUGGUAAAUCCAUCUCGUUACCGACACGUCAACCUUCAGAUCCGGACAUUAUUAUUAUUCCGCCGACUACUCCUCCGGCAGGCAAAACCUCCCCUUCCGACCACCACGGCGACAGCGAGAAAGAUAGCUCAACAGAUGAAGAAGAAGAAGAAGAAGGUAACGAGGAGGAGAAGGGUUUGAAGAAGCCAGACAAGAUAAUUCCAUGCCAACGUUGUAACAGUAUGGAGACAAAAUUCUGUUACUACAACAAUUACAACAUCAACCAGCCUCGUCAUUUCUGCAAGAAAUGUCAAAGGUACUGGACAGCCGGAGGAAACAUGAGGAACGUUCCGGUCGGCUCCGGUCGCCGUAAAAACAAGAUCCCGUUUUCUUCUUCUUUGCAUUAUCCUCCAAUACUAAUAAGACCUAAUGGGGAUUCCGACUGUUCUAGUAAUUCUCCGGCAAUACACCCCUUUUGGGGUUGCGCCGCCCUUGGCGGAUCUUGGAAUGGACGCCGGCCGCCUAAUUAUUCAACUACCCUGAACCUAGCUCUGGCACUGGGUAAACAUUCAAGAGAAGUGGAAAUGAUCAGUCAGUCGGAUGAUUCAGAGAACAGGAUCUGUACUAUUCCGAAGACGAUGAGGAUUGAUGAUCCAAUUGAAGCUGCGAGAAGUUCUAUAUGGUCUACUCUUGGAAUUAUUGAUCAUGAUUCAAUAAUCAACGGGAAUAGGGAAGGUGGAGGAGGGCGUUUGAAAGGGUUGCCGUUGAAUAUAGACGAACAGCAGAACUGCAGCAGCAGAGUGGAGCCGUCGCUGAUCGUACUAGAAGCUAAUCCGGCGGCCAUGAUUAGAUCUGUCCGAUUUCACGAGAGAUCUUGACUGAUUUUCAUGAACCCUGUUUCGUUUGGUUGUUGUUUAUGUAUUAUAAAUUCUCAACCAUUAUUGUCUCAAUUGGUGAAGAUUGUGAGCCACUUGGUGAAGCACCAAGGAACAAUAAAAUAUUUAGGAAAUAAAUAUAAAAAAAAAAGUUAUUUUCUCAA